AUUGGUCAGUGCGUAUGUCCGUAGUUCAUGCAAACGAGAGAGCGUGUCACAUUGGCCACAAUAUUCGGCGAUCCCACGUCAAAGAGAUCAGUCAAAUCGAGCGCCAUAUCAUUCUACAAGAACUCAAAUCCCCAAAACAUCACUCGGCAAAAUCCGAAAGCCGAUCACAGAAAAACAUGGCCCAGGAAGGGAAGGCGGACGAGCAACUCUUCCAGCUUCUUGCUAGUCUUCUUCACCAGGUGGAAUCACUUACCAACCAGGAAGAAGUUGAAUUGCGUACAAAGAUCGAAGCCCUCGGACUUGAAGUUACAAAAGUACCCUCAAAGUCCUUAAAGCAGCUUGAUGAACUGGAAAUUGCCAAGGAGUUGGAUAAGCUAUCUGAAAAGCUAGACAAUGUGGAUGAAAUGAUUUCUUCAGCAAUGGCUGCAGAUCCACAGGUGCAAUCUCUGUUGAGUGAUACUGCUGAUAUUUGGAUGCCGGUGAUAACCGCAUCAGCUGACGAACGACGAAACUUUACAGCUUCCAUUGGAGAAAAUUCAGAAACAGAAGAGAAUUGUGCGAAUUAGAUAUCAUUUUUUUUUCUUUUGUUUAUUUAAGGGAUAAGUCAUUUCAUUUCCCUAUCAUAAUUUUGUUAAGUUUGAUCAAGAAUGUGUUAUAAUGCUAGCAUUUACAAUGGUCGGAAUGUAUUUUUCCAACGGUGCCAUCUUGUCUGUAAAAAUCCUUCAUAAUUGUUUGGAGAUAAAUGUUACGAAGCUUUUUUUUUUUUUUUUUCAAUUGA